CCAUUAAGAGUUUAAUCGGUUGUUUUACCUGCAUUUUUUCCUACUGAGCUUCGCCGGCCCCACGCGUUUUACCAGCAAGGCCGAGACCCAAGCAGUAUAAAAAAGCUGACCCUCCGCGCAUGCGCGUUCACACUUGUGGCUCGUUCAAGACUUCAUUCCGUAAUUGAGCGUACAGUUGCCGAAGCCUGGCUCUGUAUUUUUCGACGUGGGGGGCGGGAGCGCCGUGGUUCGGUCCGAGUCGUUCAAGGUCUGUGCCGGUGAUGGGCGAUGUGACACACGCACUCUCCAAUGACUUCAGCUGGGGGAUUUCUUCUGUUGGCUUAUCUGCGUGAACUCAAAACGGCGCCUCCAUCAAACCUGGGCGCUAGUCGUAUACUCGGCCGGGUUUGGCAGAACUACUGUAGGCCUAUUCCCAAAGCAGGUAUUUUGACAGGUCUUUCUAGGGUGACCUUUCCGGCAUAUUCUGUGGCGACGCCGUCACCAUUGAGUGUGUUAUUUUUCUGAGGAGGCAGGCCGGCUUGUCUCAGUUGACACUUUACCACAGAAACCCGAUAGUCGGGGCAGUUCCUCGAUAAUUGCGUCCGUUUCUGGUCCAUUGUUUGAAGUGUGCACUUUCCCUCCAGAAUUUAAAGGGGUUACCCUGUGCAAAAGUUGCCCACUCGGAUUUUGCGUGGGUAUCGGACUGUCCCGUUCGUUUGUUGAACAUCAUCGUGGAAUUCCAGCACGUGGUGGUGCGUAAACAUCCCGAAGGGAGCCGUGUUCAAGGGGUGGUGUUUUCACGCAGAGAAUUGACGAAUCCGAUUUCUCCAUGACCCAUCUGAAUAGCAUGGCCGCGGCGAUGUCUUCAUCCCCGCCUAUCCACAGCCAGCACUCCGGUGGGGCGCAGCACCCCCACCACGCUCAGCCGCCCCCGGCCAGCCAGCACGGCCAACCCUCCCCAGCCCCACACCAGGACCAGCCCCUGCCUACCCUCUCUGGUCCGCACGGCCGCAACGACAACCCGCUGGCGGACCAACAAACAUCUCGGAGUGUUCCCGGGGACACCCAGCUCCACAUGGACUCCCAGUCCCCAAACGGCCCCGCCGCUGAAACGGACAAAUCCCCGGCAAAGAAGAACGGAGCGGGCAUCAGGCGGCAUGAGAAGCCGCCGUACUCGUACAUCGCUCUGAUUGUCAUGGCCAUCCAGAGCUCGCCCACCAAGCGACUUACUCUGAGCGAAAUCUACCAGUUUCUCAUGCAGAGAUUUCCGUUCUUUCGCGGACCGUAUCAAGGCUGGAAAAACUCGGUCCGCCACAAUUUGUCUCUCAACGAGUGCUUCAUCAAGCUGCCGAAAGGUCUGGGCAGGCCGGGGAAGGGGCACUACUGGACCAUCGACCCGGCCAGCGAGUUCAUGUUCGAGGAGGGCUCCUUCCGGCGGCGGCCCCGUGGAUUCCGCCGCAAGUGCCAAGCGCUCAGACCCCCCUACGCCAUGAUGAAUAACAUGGGCAUGCCAGGUAUGCUGGGCGGCUCGCAUCUGGAGAUGUUCCCGCAGAAUUCCCCCGGGCCCUACCCCAACCAUGCCAACAUGCAGUGCGGCAUGAACAACAUGAACUCCGCCGGCAUGGUGGACACCAACAUGAACAUGGGCAUGAUGAUGCCGCAGGUCUCCUCCCAGCUCUCGGGCAACCUGACCAGCUCCUGCUCGGUCAACUCCGCCGGCUACAUGGCCAACUGUACGGCAGACUACUCGGCGGUAGUAACGACCACGUCGUCGCCCACCCCUGUCAGCAUGUACAUGAACACGGUGGUGGAUAAUCUGUCGUCUUAUUCCACCUGGGGCCCUGGUCCCAACGGCCGUUACAUCAAACAGCAGAUGUCAGAUUGUGACGGCGGCGGUUCGUCCCCCGCCCAGGGCAUGCAGCAGCAACAGCAGCAGCAACAGCAACAGCAGGUCAGCACAGGGGAUCACAGCCAGUACAUGACACCCCAUCACGGGGUACAAGAGCCCAUCGAAAUGCAACACGCAAGUCUCCAAGGGAUGAGGAACGUGAUUCCAUCGGACAUGAACGAUUCCUGCGACCGGAAGGGAUUCCUGAUGUCCGCGCAGAUUCAACAGACGAUGCAAGGCAACUAUUACGACAAGUGCGCCAUUUAACGCAGCAACGGACGCGGGGCUGGGUGCAGCGACGGCGGCAACGGGGGGAGGAAGCGCUCUCCUCGCCCCAGCCCUGCCCUUCUCAUCUCACCGUAGUCACCCUUUCUCUUGGGAUUGCACCUCGUACAGCCUGCCUCCAGUACGGCAAGGAAGCAAUACUUGCUGGCUCCCGUGAACGUAUCUUGCAACUCGGACAGCACGCAGACUUGAAUAGGCGGAUGAAUACCAGGGACAAGAGACAGUCGGUCUGUAUCAAGGUGAUUGUGCCAAAAUGUAUGGACAUUUUACGUGUUUGACCUUGCCAUAGCAAGGGAGUGCAGUGAUUUCAGUAUGAUGUUGCCGAGAAUGUCAAAAACAAGCAAGAAAAUCUGACAGAUUUUGGUUCGAAAAGUAUCAACAUCAUAUAUUUGUUUAACGAGGACUGGCCGGAAACGUUUUCUUCAAAACAAGACAUUUCUUGAAAAAUCUAGUCCAGGCGCUCCAAUAAUCGUGCAACAAUUCAUUCCGUUUUUCAGUAUAUUGCAAGCGCGGGUACCAGCGGAAACUGGUACAGGUAAAUGAGCGAGCAGGGAUGGGAGCCAACUUUCAGUUGCACGUAAAAGCCUGGUGGUAAAUUCGGAAACACUGUGCUUAUUUGGAUGGCUAAAAAAGAGGAAAACAUCUCAUUAGGUCAUUUUAAGCGUUUGAACCGAGUCUCUUUUCGGAAAAUCCGCUGUAAUGAGUAUAUAGCGCCCUUGUCUUUUUGUAUUUUCAAUGUUUUGGUAUUUAUAAUAAAUCAUACAAUAUCCAAUGUGGCUAUUGUCAUAAGUACAGUUAGUAUGCAAAGGACAACUGGCAUCCUAGAGAUAUGUUGCUGUCAGUCAAUGGAGACUUUGCCCGGAUGUUCUCAGCUGCCAUCUGGCGGAUGAAUCUAUCUGCCCAGGAAAAUCAGUCCCCUGUAUUUUGAAACGUUUUCAAAAAUUCGGCUUGUGUGCGAUCAUUUCUGAAAACUGUUCCCACAGUUUGGAACGGGACAAACAGAUGUACCAGACAACUUGAUGUGGCUUUUUUAUACCCUGAGCAGAAAAUGCAUGGAGCUGCAUCAGUCGCGUGGUUGGGUCUGGGCUAUGACGACUAAAUUCAAUACAAGUGAAAGCCUGGAACCGACCCAGAGGCGAAUUCCAGUCUUAAUGGUAAACCCAAAGGAAUCACGCAUGAAAUAUUGAUAGUCACAUCGAGACAACUGCAAUGAAUAGCAAGUUCCCCGCUUUGUACAAAUCAGCCAAUUCGACUGACAUUUUCAAGGGACGAUUGUAUAUAGUUGCGGAAUAAGUUCACUUUGAACUGACCAAUCAGAUACCGAUCUACAGGAUAAUUAUCUCCAAUAGUAGGCCUACUCAAAACUAUUGUUCAGCACUUUGCGGCCAUCUGCAAUAACACACAUCUGUGGUAUGGCCACUGUCAUUUUUUUUUCAUCCCAAAUUUGUGAUAACAGCCAUGAACAUAAGAUUUUGGUUCUCGUUGUCGAAGUCUCAGCACGUAGUAAUCAGCAGGCUCUAGAUGCCAUCAAUUCGGCAAGUUUUGUUCCCAGCGCGGAACAAAAUUACUAGCUUUCGUAUUGAGGAGGGGUAUAGUUCGAAUGAUUGAUUUUCCCCUGGAAAGCUUAAGAACUAAAUUUUUGCAUACUUUUAAUCAACAUUUUCUGUGCCUCUCUGAAACAACUUGUAAAGAUCAGAUGAGGAAAAAAUCCAACUUCCCUUCUGGUUUUUCUCUGGAAAAUACUGUUUAAUACGACUGUUCGACCAAACAAGUUUAAGUUUUCUUGGUACUUUGUGUGUUUGUUCAUUAUAAUCGUGACGAGAUGUUCUGUAUAUAACGAUCGAGUUGACGCAGCUUAUGAUUAAAAUUGUAUUAAUGACUAUAAUUAUUCGUAUCUUCAAUGGAUUUAAUGUGGUUAUAGUUAUGACGUGAAUAUUGUAGAAUUCAAUUAAAAUG